CACCAGCGCCCGGGACACGCCGUUCUGACAGUUUACGCUUACUUUUUGUCUUCCCUGGCAAAACAGGAAAAUGUCGGAGACUGCUCCAGUGGCUCCCACUGCUCCAGCACCUGCAGAGAAAACACCUGUUAAGAAGAAGGCGAAGAAAACGGGCGCAGCUGCUGGAAAACGCAAAGCGUCCGGGCCCCCGGUGUCCGAGCUCAUCACCAAGGCUGUGGCCGCUUCCAAGGAACGCAGCGGUGUGUCCCUGGCCGCACUCAAGAAGGCGCUGGCGGCAGCUGGCUACGAUGUAGAGAAAAACAACAGCCGUAUCAAGUUGGGUCUCAAAAGCCUGGUGAGCAAGGGCACCCUGGUGCAGACCAAGGGCACCGGCGCUUCGGGCUCCUUUAAACUCAACAAGAAGGCUGCCGCUGGGGAAGCUAAGCCCAAGGCCAAGAAGGCGGGCGCGGCCAAGCCCAAGAAGGCUGCUGGGGCGCCCAAGAAGUCUAAGAAGGCCACAGGCGCGGCUACCCCGAAGAAGAGCGUCAAGAAGACCCCCAAGAAAGCGAAGAAGCCGGCGGCGGCCGCUGGGGCCAAAAAAGUGGCCAAAAGCCCGAAAAAGGUGAAGGCAGCCAAGCCCAAGAAGGCAGCUAAGAGUCCAGCAAAGGCCAAAGCUCCUAAGCCCAAGGCAGCCAAGCCGAAAUCUGGCAAGCCGAAGGUUACGAAAGCGAAGAAGGCGGCGCCAAAGAAAAAAUAAACUUGCAGCGG